ACCCUUCACGUGGCACAACAACAGGAAAGGAGGCAUCACGCUUUUCUCACCUCAUUUUCUUGGAACCCCAAAAGCGUAACCCCAUCCCAAAGUUGCCAAAAACAACUCCACUUUUCAUUAAUCAUUCCCUGCUCUCUACUCCACUCUACUCUUCUCAACUAUACAUACAUUUCACCUGUAUGUAUAUAAUAUAUUUCCCUAUCAAUUCUCUCUGCUUUUAUCCCAUCACAAUAGUAGAGUGAUUUUGUAGAAAGAUAUGAUUCAUUCACCUUUCUGUGAUUCUGUUUCGACGAAGUUGAUUUCUUCUUCCGUUGGUUGUAAUUAUGCGGAUAAUUCGAUUUUCUCAUCGUUUUCGAGGUUGAGGUUGAGUAGAAGCAAAUCUAGGCAAAAGAAUUCCACUAAGGUUAGAGAAGGAAAGCAGAUAACUACUAGAGUACAAGCUCGUCACGCUGGAGAACGUGUAGUUGAGGAAAAAGCUAUAGAAAUGGUAGAACCCAGCUUGCAGUUUAAGGUUUCCCCAGGCCAGGCGUAUCCGCUUGGAGUGUCGGAAAUAGAAAAUGGAAUCAACUUCGCAAUUUUUUCACAGCAUGCAACUUCGGUCACACUCUGUUUGUCUCUUCCUGAGAGGCGUGCACAUGAUUUCCCUGAUGAUGAUGAAAUGGUCGAGGUGAUUUUGGAUCCUCGUGUGAAUAGAACUGGAGACAUAUGGCACAUACAUGUUGAGGAUCUACCCCGGAGCAACGUCCUAUAUGGUUAUCACAUUGAUGGUCCUCCAGCUUGGCAUCAAGGUCAUCGAUUCGACAGAAGCUUGUUACUAAUUGAUCCCUAUGCAAAAUUUCUUGAAGGACGCCGUAUUUUUGGAGAUGUUAGCAAUAAGAUGUCCAAGUUUUUUGGAACUUAUGACUUCAGUGGCUUGCAAUUUGAUUGGGGAAACAAUUACAAAAUUCCAAACAUACCCGAGUUUAGAAUAUUAAAAAUAUCGCUGACAGCCUCUCAUAAAGAUCUUGUCAUUUAUGAAAUGAAUGUACGUGCAUUUACAGCUGAUGAAUCAAGUGGGUUGGAUCCAAACAUUCGAGGCAGCUACCUUGGUUUAAUUGAUAAGAUCCCCCAUCUUUUGGAGCUCGGCAUCAAUGCAAUUGAGUUGCUUCCUGUUUUUGAGUAUGAUGAGAUGGAACUCCAGAGACGUCCUAAUCCUCGGGAUCACAUGCUCAACACAUGGGGUUAUUCUACAAUAAAUUUCUUUGCUCCUAUGAGUCGCUAUGCUAGUUCUGCUGGAGGACCUCUUAAAGCUUCUCGGGAGUUUAAAGAGAUGGUUAAAGCUCUUCAUGGUUCAGGAAUUGAGGUCAUUUUAGAUGUUGUUUAUAACCAUACCAAUGAGGCUGAUGAUGCGAACCCUUAUACCACUUCAUUCCGUGGAAUAGACAACAAGGUGUAUUACAUGAUGGAUCCAAACAACCAGCAGUUGCUGAACUUCUCAGGAUGUGGAAACACGUUAAACUGUAAUCAUCCUGUGGUUAUGGAGCUUAUACUUGAUAGCCUGAGGCACUGGGUUUUGGAAUAUCAUGUGGAUGGAUUUCGCUUCGAUCUUGCCAGCGUUCUUUGUCGGGGUACAGAUGGUUCUCCGCUGAGUGCUCCUCCACUUGUUAGGGCAAUAGCAAAAGAUGAUAUACUUUCGAGGUGUAAAAUCAUUGCUGAACCUUGGGACUGUGGAGGCCUUUACCUUGUUGGUAAAUUUCCAAAUUGGGACAGGUGGGCUGAGUGGAAUGGGAAGUAUCGUGAUGACAUCAGGAGAUAUAUAAAGGGUGAUGCUGGUAUGAAGGGGAGUUUUGCAAGUCGAGUUUCUGGUUCUGCUGACAUGUACAAAGUAAAUAAGCGAAAGCCAUCUCACAGUGUCAAUUUUGUUAUAGCACAUGACGGAUUUACUUUGUAUGAUCUCGUGUCAUAUAAUCAAAAGAAAAAUGAUGCUAAUGGAGAAGGUGGCAAUGAUGGAAGCAAUGACAACUUAAGUUGGAACUGUGGCCAUGAAGGAGAAACUACUGAUCCACAAAUCAAGGCUUUACGCUCUCGGCAAAUGAAAAACUUCCACCUAGCAUUAAUAGUAUCGCAGGGAACUCCAAUGAUGUUCAUGGGAGAUGAGUAUGGACAUACUCGUUAUGGAAACAACAACAGUUAUGGACAUGAUGAUGCUCUUAACAACUUCCAGUGGAAACAAUUGGAAUCUGAGAAUGAUCACUUUAGGUUUUUCUCGGAGGUGAUAAAGUUUCGCCUAGCCCAUCACAUCUUUCGACAAGAAAAUUUUGUUGGCGAGAAUGAGGUGACUUGGCAUGAGAAAAAUUGGGAUAACUAUGAGAGCAAGUUCCUUGCCUUCACACUUCAUGAUAGUAAUGGAGGAGACAUCUACUUAGCAUUUAAUGCACAUGACUAUUUUGUUAAAGUUGCAAUUCCUUCGCCGCCACCAAAAAGACAGUGGUUUCGAGUGGUUGACACCAAUCUCAUGUCACCAGAUGAUUUUGUGCAUGAUGGUGUACCUGGAAUUGGAGAUUCAUACAACGUUGCUCCAUAUUCUUCAAUACUUCUUAAAGCAAAGGUGUAAAGCAUCUCUGAAGCUGCCUACUUUAUCCACAUUUACUUUGAGACAACCCAGAUAUCAUAUACUCAAUAAGAUUCAGGGGUUAUAUAGGCAUAGUUCUUUCGAAUCUACUUGCUUGAUUUUAUGCUUUCUAGAACUCGGUGGAGUGUGAAGGGACUGAUGCUGUCGAGAAUUUGUUGUAUUUACAUCGGAUGAAAGCUUAUACUGGUCAUGUCGGAAUAAAUAGUUGGUGUAGUCGAGUAUCAGGGAAUUUCGUGUUUGUUUGGACUUCUGGCCUUUUUCAGCUGAAGAUAUGCAUUUGGGAUUCUUUGGUACUUUAUUCCUGCUUAAGACUAUACAGAAUUGGAACCUGCUGCUGGAUAGCUGUCCAGGAAGCUACAGAAGUUGAUACCCUGUUGUACUCUUCACUCAUAAGUAUCUUAUUUUGAAUUGUAUCUUUUUCCAUUUAUUCUAGAUCAAUUAUACGCUGGGGAGUACUUGAGACUCUUCCUUCUUUAUUUUAUACAGGAUAGAAACCUUCUGGCUAGCUGCCCAGGAAGAAUGUAUAAUAAUAAUUACUAUGUAGCGUUCAUCACUCCUUAUCUUUCUUUUAAAACUUUAAUUUUUCUCUCA